AUGAGAAACUUUGGAGAUCCCGCGGAAACGCUGUCGGGCGAAGUCGGAAGAACGGCAAGAGUAUGUAUAAUGCGAAAAAGCCAAACGGCAGGUGUAUAGUGCGUGCAUUACAUAGUUAUAAUAAUAUCGUUCUCGAUAUGUAUUAUAGUUAACUGUAUAUUUGUGUUUCAGUUCACGGAGCACCACGACUUAGUAACGCACGAAUAACGUUAUGUAUAGGUAGGUACCCGAAGAGAGUAUUUUUCUGCAGUUUUGAAUGUCGUCGGGUUUGGAUCGGAUGGCAACGAUGUAUAACGCACACGCUGCCGCAGUCACACAGUUACACAGAUACAACACUGGUACGCGAGUGUUUUUUUUUUUUUUAACUCUGGGGGUCUUACAAUGCGUCAUUGUUGUCUACGGUUAUAUUAUUAUUAUUGUGAGGAAAAAUAACGAAAUAAUAAUAACACAAAAUACAUAUAACUGUGUGUUCAGCUACUAUACAAUACAGCGCCGACGACGGGUCGUUUUUUCGCUCUUGACGUUUAUUUGAUAACCGCAUGUACGUCACGUAUUUCGCGUAAGACACGCGUAUGUAUUAAGCCGGUUAUUACCUAUACAGGUUUAGAAAAUAUUUAGGGCUCUAAGUGGCACAAAACGGCACCAAAGGGUACUUAUAGCUGUCAGAAUAGGAUUAAGGGGGGCAGUGGGGGCCAAUUACCCGGGGCCCGCGAGAAAUAGGGACUCACAAAGAUCAUAUUAUGAGUUGAAUUAAAUAUUUGAGAACUUUUUUCUUCCUUAUUUGUUCCAUUUUAAUAAAAUAAGUCUUCUAACUAAUAUGGACCCCCGGCGCACACAACCCGUGACCUCUAUUUUGAGCGUUCCGUGCAGUCAGGACCGUAAUGAGAACCCAGGAAUUAAACUGAAUGCAAAAAAAAAGGUCUUCCAUUUAGAAUUUAAAAACCAAUUGUUUAUAACGUAGGUAUGAAAUUCAUACUAUGAAUGAGUUCACGGAUAGAAGCCUUGUGAAUCAAAAUAUACUACUACUUUACGGUAUUUUGAGGGAGGGUGGAAAAUAACCCCGUUGUCCUCCUUGGAUCUGUCACUGAAAAAACGGACCAAAGAAAAAGUGCAUACUUAACUUAUUUUAUGAGAUACGAGGACAUCGGGAUUAAAUAGCGAAAUGGCAGUGUGUAGACGCAGAUGAAGGGGGGGGGUGAGAAUAAGAAAUAAAAAUAAGUAAAUCAUAAACGAUUCCAUAGUGAUGAAAAAAAAAAAAACCAAAUUCGCUUAAAAUUUCCCGAACAAAUUGUUGCAAGUUCGUGUUGAAUUGAUCACUCUGUGUUUAUAUAUGUAAUAUACGUAAGAAUAAUCGCAGAUGCAAGUAGCUCAAAUGUUAUAUAUUAUAGUAAUGUAAUGGUAGAGCUGAAGCAGUUAAGACUCCAUUAUUUAUUAUGCGUAAUUAGUAUUUAGUUGUUGAGGGAGGGAGGCCUCGUAAAAAAUAAAAACAAAACAUUUUCGAAAACAUUAUUUGUUUUACAAUAAACCAUUUUAUAAAACGUUGAGAUACGUUCUGUUGUAACAUCUCUAGGAGUCAGGAGGUCGGAGUCAGAUUUGUUUUGUCUUCUGAAAGUGCUUUCCGGACAAAUCGACGAUGAGCGCGAUUUCUCGGAGCUGUCCUCCGACGUUACUGUACAAGUUACCCAGGUCCGGUCAAGAGCCAAAUUUCACAUUCCAUUGAUACGUUCAAAUUACGCCGCGAGUCCAGCCGUAGCGUUUUCGCAGUGUAACCGGCGAUAUCCAGUUUUUCUGCGCGGCAGGAACCGGCUGCCUGUCGAGGGCGGCUGGAUACGGAACAGCCGGCCCAACGGACGUUUUGAAUAA